AUGGAGCAAGCGGUUGAGAGAGAAGACCCUGCAGAGAUCGAGAAGAAGAUCGACUCUGAAAGGUCAUCGACAUCAGGACGUACCCCAUCAGAGAUUGAAAACAUCCAUUCAAGAUUAUGGCUCUCGGAAGAUGAAGCCUACGCACAUGCAAAAGCACAUCCAGACGAGACUCGAGAAAUAUUCAUCACGUUCGCACCAGGCGACAAAGAUAACCCUCGCAACUGGAGCAAAGCAAAGAGAUGGUACAUUACCUGCUUCGCCAGUUCACUGAACGUCUUGACUUGUCUUGCUGCUGGUGGUUACUCCUCGGGUGUUGGACAACUUGUUGAAGAGUUUGGUGUGUCUGAUGAAGUUGGUACCGUCGGUCUUUCCAUGUACAUCUUGGGCUUCGCAAUUGGUCCCAUGCUUCUCGCCCCCCUCUCCGAAUACUACGGAAGAAAUCCUGUAUACUUCGGCAGCUGGUUCAUCCUCUUCAUCUUUCAAUUACCUCUAGCGCUAGCCCCUAACAUUGGAACGAUCAUUGUCUGCCGUUUGAUCUCAGGAUUCGGUGGUUCAGCACCAUUGACAAACACCGGAGGCUCUGUAUCAGAUGUCUGGGAGAGAAACGCCAGUGGACCUGCCAUGUCGAUCUAUGGCCUCUCGUCAACCUUCGGUCCACCCAUGGCACUGGUCAUUUCUGGAUACAUUGCGCAGGACAAGGGCUGGCGCUGGUUGUUCUGGGUCUACAUGGCCAUCUUUGGUGGUGUCUGGCUUAUCAUGAUGGCAACCCUUCCCGAAACCCGUCACAGCACUAUUCUCGAAAGAAAGGCAAAGCGUGUGCGCAAAGCACUCAAGAAGGAUGGUCUCGAAAAGUCCGCGCAAAGAGUGUUUGAUGCACAUGCAGACGAGGCUAAGAGCUUGCAUACCUUGUUCGCUAUCACCUUGACCCGACCUUUCCGCUUCCUGUUCACCGAACCCAUCACGAUCGGCGCUGCUGCAUACAACGGAUUCAUUUAUGGCUUGGUAUAUCUCUUUAACGAGGCUUUCCCUCUGGUCUUCGGUGACAACCAUGGCUUCAACGUUGGCGAGCAAGGUCUCUCUUUCCUGGGUUUGGCUUUGGGAAGUGUAGUCGGUGUUGCGAUUUAUCCCAUUCAAGAACGCUACUACCUCCGCAAAGUUGCCAGAAACGACGGCAAAGGUGUCCCUGAAGCACGUAUUUGGCUUGCGAGAUUCGGUGCUUUCUUGCUCCCCAUCAGUCUCUUCUGGUUUGCAUGGACAUCCUACCCCAGCGUCCCCUGGAUCGUCCCUAUCAUCGCAUCCGGCUUCUUCGGUCUAGGAAUCUACAUUGUCAUCCUCUCCAUCCUCAACUACGUCGUCGACAGCUACCAAACCUACUCUGCCUCUGCACUUGCCGGUGUGAUCCUUAUCCGCAACGUCGUCGGCGCAGGCUUCCCUCUAUUCGCAAACCAGAUGUACAACAAUCUGGGCUACGAGUGGGCAAGCAGUUUAUUGGCUUUCCUGAGUAUCAUCAUGAUUCCAAUUCCCUGGUUGUGGUUCUACUAUGGCGAGAAGCUGAGAUUGAAGAGUCCGUUUGCGAGAGAGCAUUUUGCUCAGGACGAGGAUGCGCCGCAUUAA